GCGCCUCGACCGCCGCUACCUGUCGGCGUGGACGCUCAUGGGGCACGAAUGAGCAUGCGGCGCACUUUACAAGCGCAAUUUGGACGCAUGGACGGGAGCAGGUGGAGGGCCGGAGCUGGUGGAGGCACUUCUCUUCCUGGCCACGUACCACCGCUCCCAGGGGACUUUGCCGAGGCCGAGAGAUACUCCACACGCCUGCUGGACUUUGGCGGCCCUGCGAAGGAAGAUGCCAAGGCUCUUCUGAGGGAGAUUCGGAGCGUGCACCACCACCAGCAUCAGCAGCACCAUCACGCAUGGGGACACUGGGUUCAUUGGGGUUUGAAGAUGAGGAUGAGGAUGAGGAGGAGAUGUGAUGAUGGUGGUGACGAUGGAGAUGAAGAGAUGGACCUUGAGGGCAGUUUUUAGCUGGUUCGGAAAUAAUUUCAAGGAUCAUUGUGGCGAUGUGCGAUUUAUGUACAAGCCUGACAAAAACAAGGUUGGAAAAUGCCGGUAAACGACUGAGUUGAGAUGGUUUGUUUGUAUUAUACAAGGUUAGA